CGCAACUGCUGCGAACCUGCAGGUCUCUCCUCCGCUACUGGACACCUGUCUAGCUCAGAUUGAUGGCAAUGUGGCUUCUACUUCAUGUCAUCGCCCUGACGGAGGUCAAAGACGUCGUACUGGCUGACGGCAGUAUGGUGGUUCCUCUGUGCCCCAAAGGGUACUUUCCUUGUGGGAAUCUCACCAAGUGCUUACCCCGAGCCUUUCACUGUGAUGGCGUGGACGAUUGCGGGAAUGGUGCUGACGAGGACAGCUGUGGUGACACUAGUGGAUGGGCGACCAUAUUUGGCACAGUCCAUGGAAAUGUCAGUAAAGUGACAUUAACACAGGAGUGCUUUCUCAGCCAGUAUCCGCCACACUGUUCCUGCAGAGAGAACGAACUGGAAUGCAUGAACACUGAGUUAAAAGCUGUGCCAAAGGUUUCUAGCAAUGUGACAUUACUAUCUCUUAAGAAAAACAAAAUCCACAGUCUUCCAGUCAAAGUUUUCAGCAAGUACACAGAACUCAAAAAGAUAUACCUCCAGCACAACUGCAUCACACACAUAUCCAGGAAAGCAUUUUCUGGAUUAUAUAAUCUACAAAUACUAUAUCUCAGCCAUAACUGCAUAACAGCUCUCAGGCCUGGAAUAUUCAAAGACUUGCAUCAGCUCUCUUGGCUAAUUUUAGACGACAAUCCAAUCAGCAAAGUCUCGCAGAGGUCCUUUACUGGAUUAAGCUCCUUGUUCUUCUUGUCCAUGGUGAGUAACCAGCUAGAAGGCCUUCCUGAACGUCUGUGUGCCCAGAUGCCUCAACUCAACUGGAUGGAUCUGGCAAACAAUGAAAUAAAGUACCUAACGAACUCCACCUUCCUUACGUGCGACUCGCUCACGGUUCUGUUUCUGCCUAGAAAUCAAAUUGGAUUUGUUCCAAACAAGACAUUUUCUUCAUUAAAAAAUUUAGGAGAACUGGACUUGUCUAGCAAUAUGAUAACGGAACUACCAGCUCACAUUUUCAGCGACCUGCAUCUUCUCCAGAAACUGAACCUGUCGUCCAAUCCUCUUCUGUAUAUCCACCAGAACCAGUUUGGAAGUCUCAAACAACUUCAGUCUCUAGACCUGGAAAGGAUAGAGAUUCCAAACAUAAACCCAGGCAUGUUCCAGUCCAUGAAGAACCUCUCGCACAUUUACUUGAAAGCCUUUCGAUACUGCUCCUAUGUUCCCCAUGUCCGAAUCUGUAUGCCCCCGACUGACGGCAUUUCUUCAUCUGAGGACCUCUUGGCUAACAAUAUCCUCAGAGUGUCUGUCUGGGUUAUAGCUCUCAUUACCAGCGUUGGGAAUUUCCUUGUCAUUGCCGUGAGAUCUCUUAUUAAGGCUGAGAAUACGACUCAUGCUAUGUCCAUCAAAAUCCUUUGUUGUGCCGACUGCCUCAUGGGGGUGUACCUGUUCUUCGUGGGCGCCUUUGACAUCAAGUACCGAGGGCAGUAUCAGAAGUACGCGCUGCUGUGGAUGGAGAGUGUACCCUGCCGCCUCCUGGGCUUCCUGGCCAUGCUGUCCACGGAGGUGUCAGUGCUGCUGCUGACUUUCCUGACUCUGGAGAAGUUCCUGGUCAUCGUCUACCCUUUCAGCAACCUGCGCCCGGGCAAGCGCCAGACUGCGGUGGCCCUCGGCAGCGCCUGGGGGCUGGGAUUUCUCAUAGCUGCCGUUCCCUUCACCAGCGAGGAUUAUUUUGGCAACUUUUAUGGGAAAAAUGGAGUCUGCUUCCCACUUCAUUAUGACCAAGCAGAAGAUUUUGGAAGUAGAGGGUACUCCCUUGGGAUUUUCCUAGGUGUGAACUUGCUGGCUUUCCUCGUCAUUGUGUUCGCCUACGUCACCAUGUUCUGCUCUAUCCAGAAAACAGCCCUUCAGACUGCGGAAGUGAGGAGCCACAUCCGGAAGGAGGUGGCUGUUGCAAACCGCUUCUUCUUUAUUGUGUUCUCAGAUGCCAUCUGCUGGAUUCCCGUGUUUGUUGUUAAAAUUCUGUCUCUUCUUAAAGUGGAGAUACCAGGUACGAUCACUUCCUGGAUAGUAGUGUUUUUCCUUCCGGUAAACAGCGCCCUGAACCCCAUCCUUUACACUCUCACCACCUCGUUUUUUAAGGACAAGUUGAAACAGUUGCUGCACAAGCACCGAAGGAAAUCGAUUUUCAAAGUCAAAAAGAAAAGUUUAUCCACCUCCAUUGUGUGGACCGAUGACUCCUCACUUAGACUCGGAGUUCUGAACAGAAUUGCCCUUGGGGACAGUAUAACGAAGCCAGUCUCCCCUUAGUGGUUUUGGGUCACGGGACUUUGAGGAUACUACCUGAAACAAGGUACAGUUUGGGGAAGAUGGCAUCAGAGACGGUUUCCAUCUUGGCCAGCAGCCACCCUUUGAGCACCAGGGAUACUGUGGAAUGACUGUUGACCCUGCCUUCUGGUGACAGCACCAUGGCCCAUCCACCAAGCGAGAACUGCAUGGAAAGCCUCUCCUCUUCACCUGGCCAGGCCUGGCAUGCACAAGUGAAUCCACGCAGGCUGGCAUACGGUGGAUCUCCAGGUAGCCAGCACUGCCUGCCCACCGGAGAGCGCCCAUGUGUAGCCACUGCGUGGACUUUUUCUACAUCGACUUGCACUGUCUGUGAGUGAGGACGACCACGACAUCUUCUCCCAGCGCGGCAUUCGUGACACGGAAUGAACAUCUUUUUUCCUUGCCCUUUCAGUAGCCAAUGAACCAUCAGCAUCUUGUCAAUGCUUCCGACAGCUUCCGCAGGCAGCUGGGAUAGCAACUUCGCCCGUGGUUCUCCAUACGAGUUUAUCAUGCCUUCUGUGACUGGACAAGCAGGAGGCAUGCGGUGGGAGCCUAAAACCAGUCAUCUCUUGACAUCUAUGAAGCAUCUAUUUAAGCUCAGAAACGCUGAGAUUUUAGAUGCUUUUCCUAAUGUUACCCAGGGAGCAAAGGAAAAUCGGGCACCCAAACAGUUAUAAUUUUCAAGUGCUUUAGAACAGUAUUUCAUUGUGGGUGAGUUCUCUCUUCCUUUUGCACAGAGACACGGAGAGUUAAAAGGAGACUCAAGGAGACUGCCCUGAUCUGGGGGCUUUUGCUUAGUUGCACAAAUUCCCAUUGCCAUACAAAAAGGUCAGAAACGUUGGAUUAGUUUUUGUUGUUGUUGUUUUUGAAAGUGAAAAAUGUAUAGGAAGACUGGGACAUUUUUAUACUGAGAGUUUAUAUAAGGGGGAAGACUACUCCGAGUAAAUUUAUAUUUUGCAUUUGUCUGCAUGCUGCGUUAAGCUUGACAAAGACUGUGGCUGGACUUGCUGAUGUCUGAACGUGUUCCUCCAGACGAGUAACAUCACACAGCGCUGUGUCUCACUGGAUACAUCUUACCUUUCUGUUCUUCCCGUUGCCAAAGCAUGAAACAGUAAGCGAACUUCAUCACCUCCCUUCCCUUCUGACUGAGACCUUUGGAAGAAACAAAACGCAAACAUCUAUCUUAACACACUGUGCUGAGGGCAUCCUCCCUUGAAAGGAAGAGCCACACCCCCAAAAGUCUAUGGGAGCCUCACAUGAUAGUCUAGAAAGACUAAAUUUGUUUAUGUAAUUUUUUGUUUGUUUGUUUUUCGAGUUUCGAGACAGGGUUUCUCUGUACCUUUGGAGCCUGUCCUGGAACUGGCUCUUGUAGAACACGCUGGCCUCGAACUCACAGAGAUCCACCUGCCUGUGCUUCCCAAGUGCUGGGAUUAAAGGUGUGCACUACCACUACCCAGCCUGUUUAUGUGAUUUUCAGUUUGCUUACUAACAGGGUUGUUUACGCUCACCAGAGUCUCUAAAAUACCUUUGUUUUGGUCACAGGCUAUCUGGUUAGUUUUUGUCAACUUGACGCAAACCUAGCCUGGAACAUGAACCAAACACAACUGGAAAGAAGGAAUCCUAAGGGAAGAGUUGCCUCCCUCAGAUUGGCCUGUGGGCAUGUCUCUGUGAUGUGUUCUUAAUUGCUAACUGCUAUAGGAGGACCAGUCCACUGUGGGAGGUGCCACCUGGGCAGACAGGUCUGGGUUGUAUAAAAGUGUAGCUGAGCUAGUCUGGGGUGGGCGGAUGGGUGGGAGCAAGGCAGCAAACAUCGUCUGUCUGUGGCCUCUGCUUCAGUUCCUGCCUCCCGUUUCCAGCCUUGAGCUCCUGCCUUGGCCUCCCUCCGGUGAUGAACUAUAACCUGUGGGCCAAAUCAUCCGUCUCCUCUGCAAGCUGCUUUUGGUGGUGGUGUUUAUCACAGCAACAGGUUUUAAACAAAAUUACACAGAUUUGAGCUUUGCCUACAGGCAGUGGCGGCAGGGUGCAUUUCCCUUUUACACCCCUACCUCAGCUCCUUUCAUGUGGGCCCCAGAGCAUGGGAAAGCCACAUGGCUUCAGUCUCUUAAAGAAAUUGGAAGCACUCUCAAGGGUACUCCAGGGCCAGAUUGACUCCAUAUUUGCCGAUUUUUUUUUACCUCCUUCUAUCUUCCUCAGUUUAGUAGGGAGCAGUGUGGAGAGGCACAGAGUGCACACACUAGUGAGCAGUGUGGACAGCUCCAGAGUGCACACACUAGUGAGCAGUGUGGAGAGGCACAGGGUGCACACACUAGUGGGCAGUGUGGAGAGCUACGGGAUUCACACAGCAGACAUGAGAACUGAGAGGCUUUUAUCAGUUACACACAAGUGGAAUCUUAGCUUCUAGCACCAUCCAGGAAUACAUGUGAGGUGUGCAGACAUAUGUGUUACAGGCUUUCAGCACAGCAUAAAUAGACAUAUGACAGGCGUGACCUAAAGUGGUUUGGGUGAGAACGGCCCCCAUAGCCCCAGAUGCUUGGUUCCCAGUUACGAUUUGGGAAGGAUUGGGAACUGUGUCACUGGGGAUAGCUCUCAGAUUUCAAAAGCUCAUGCGAUUCCCAGUUAGUCCUCUUUUCUCCGCCUCCUGCUUCUGAGGAGCUCUUGGCUACUGCUCCAGCCUCAUGUCUGCCUGCCCGCUUUCCUGCUGCCUGUCAUGAUGAGCACGGAUGCUAACCCUGUGGAGCUGUGAGCCUCCAAGUUAAACUCUUGCUUUUGUAGGUUGCCUUGGUGUUUUACCACGGUAAUAUAAAAGUAAUUAAGACAGGUCUCAUCUCAGCACUUUGGAGACUGAGGCAGGGGGACCACAUACUGACUAGCCUGAGCUAUUUAUUGGUCGUGGGAGAGGAGGAAGAAAGAAAAGAGGAAUGGAGGGAGGGAGAGAUGGAGGAGGAAAGAAGAGGGGAAGACAAAAUAUUGAAACAGUUUCUGCUCUUCUAUCCUCUCACUAGUAAGAAAAUUACCACUAAGCCCUCCCUUUGUAUCUGUUUGCAUAUUUCUUACUAACAUAUGUUUUUUGUCAGACAUCCCAUUAAUACAAAUAGUAUAUUUAAUACUGAUAAUGUUUAGUUCUUUUUCUGUUUUGUUUUGGUUUUGUUUUUCAAGACAGGGGUUUUCUGUGUAGCUUUGCAGCCUGUCCUUGAACUUGCUCUGUAGACCAGGCUGCCCUCGAAGUCAUAGAGAUCCUCCUGCCUCUGCCUCCCAACUGCUGGGAUCAAAGGCGUGCGCCACAACCACCCAGCAAUAAUGUCUAUUUCUGAGCCACAAAAUGAGG